AUUGCAACUAAGGUURACCAAGUAGAACAGAUGAAAUCAUAGAGUAGAGAGCCGGCCGGAUCUUUUAAACACAAAGCGCUUACUUUUCCCAGAAGAAAUAUACUCGAAAGAUUGAACUGGAACAAUAUAUUCAAUGGCCCUUAAUAAGCACGAAGAAAACGURUCCGAGUUUUAUUCAAAGAUUGUGGACUUCAAACACGAUUACAACGAAGGGUUCUUAACGUUUGGACUAUGGAAAACCAAGUCAGGCGACCCUAUACCACCCCCUCURAGUUACCAGCGCAUAUACGACGAGCUCCUGGAAGGMAGCAYGAUUAAACCAGAUCACAACGUACUAGACGUUGCUUGUGGCCAAGGAGCUGGGAUGCUGAGAAUUCARUCCAAAUAUGGCUGUAAAAUCCAAGGYAUCGAUAUCAGCACUGGUAACGUGGAGCUUGCAAAACGAAGAUUGCGUGACACCGCGAUUGCAAUCACGCAUGGUAGCGCAACGAACAUGCCAUACCGUGACAACUCUUUUGAUUKUAUUGUUUGCGUCGAAGGUGGCCCUCACUUCAAAACCAAAGAAGACUUUUUUGCUGAAGCUUACAGAUUGUUAAAACCAGGUGGGAAGCUGCUAUUGGCUGAUGUGGCAGCAUUAAGGCCUAUGCAUGACUUAAGCUAUCUACAGCAAGCAAUUUUUACUUGUAUCACUAACCUCUGGGUAAUACCUCAUGAAAAUACAGAAUACGGUAUCGAGACCUACAAACAGAAGCUCAAAAACAUUGGUUUUCAAAUAUCUAAAUUUGAAUUUGUUGGCGAAAGAGUGUUCCCGGGYUAUUGCAGUCACAAUCUUACRUUGUCUGUUAUGCGAGCGCAGGCAAAAGUUAGGGGAAAUUUCGUUGGUUUUCUAGCAGGACCACUGAUUGACUCUUUUCUGAAAAUAGGGUAUUCUAAGGGGUUGUAUGAAUAUCUUUUUGUGGCAGCCGAGAAAACGUGCUAAACACUGUCAUUACCAGUUAGUAUUGAAUUCAAGAUUCACGUCUCAAGACUCAUAAACCGAUGAGUAAACUACGCUCCUCUUCAAAAUAUUAACUAGAGGUACAAACAUUAAAUGUGUGCAAAACUUUCCACUAUUUACUACAAAAUAGAGUUAAUUAAACAGUAGAGAACAAUAGAAUUAGCAUAAUUUAGCAGUAUUUAGUGCUCACAUUUAUGCUGCACAGUUUUAGUGUUUGUACUUUACUUCCACUUUGGCUAAUGAACUUAUUCCGCACCUAAACUAUACCAAACUCUUUACCUGAACACAACUUUUCAACUCCCACCGUGUUUAUAUCAGAGGACAGGGACACAAGAGGCCGCUUUAUAAUUCUUUUUAAAAAAUUUUCAGUGUUUUCGAGCAAUUUUUGCCGGUAUGAGCCGUGUCUCUGUCCUCUGUUAUAUACACGGUCGUUAGCCAAUCGGAGCGCGCGUUAUAUAUCAAAAAUUUUAUAAAUGUAUAUAGUUGUAAACGCAAUGAAUUUCGCCUAAUAAAAAUCCUUUCAUUAUUA